AAACAGCUGGAUGUCUAUUAGCGGCGGUGAUUGAGCGCGUUCAGCUGUGAGCUGCACACUCUUAGGGUCUCUGGCACCUCGCUCCCCCUCUCUCCCUGUCUGAAGCUGGAACUGAAGCUACUCUGUGACGAUGUUUGACCUGAAGAAGAGGAACAGUUUGACCCUGAACUGCAACCGCGACACGGACGAGUUCAGACGAGUGGCGGUCAGACGGAAGGUCAAAGGUGCUGCUGUAGAUUGUCACGCCGCUCAUACAGUAGUGAGCAGUGGAGUGUGUGGCUCGUACAGCUGUGGACGUGCUUGUGAAAGAACAUGUGGAUCAGAACCAAACUCUAAAGUCAGUGCAGGGGACAAGGAUGACAGAAGCCCAGCUAAUAGAUCACCCUCCAAACCACAAGUGCCUCCUAAACCAGCUCACCUCCAGAGUCCUCUGAGGGCAGGACCAGAUCAAGCCCACAGUCCCACUACAGGAAAAUUGCUACCUCAACAAGUUAAUGGCACAGAAGACCUAAGUCCUAACCGAAGCUAUGGAGUGCCUUUUUCCUACAUCAGCCCAGCACAGAACUGUCAAUGCUCCCCUAGUCCUGUUAGAGGAGGGGGGAGCAGUUUUUUGAAUGCAGUAUCUGGAGCACAACUGAGCCCUGCCAGACAUCCUCGGGGGAUUCCAAUUCUUGCAAGCAGUCCAGUUUUAGGAUCUCCAAGUCCAGGCAAAAGAGGCAUUCAGAACUGUAGCCCAUUGAGAGAAGGAGGGCAUAGCCCUGCUAAGUUGUCCCCAAGAAACCAUAGCCCUCUCACAGGAAAACUGCGGACCCCCAGCCCUGUUCAGGGAAGGAUGGGGAGCUACAGUCCUGCCAAGAACUCUAAAUCCUGGCUGGGACUCAACAGAAUCCCAAGCAGCAAGAUGGAAGGACACGAGAAGAGGGCAGGGAAAUCUUUGAGCGUGCCCAACUUGAUUGUUUACUUGGAUGAGAGCAGAAAUCCCUUUGAAAAACCUGAACGCUCGCCACUGAAACCGCUGCAAUCACCCAACUGCUGUGGGCCUGCCAUCACCAUCAAAGCACCAGCUAACCAUAGACUCAACCAUACCACAAGUGAAGCAGUUUCCCAUCUAUCCAGCAAUGGCAAAGAGCACUCCCCAGAACAAAUGAGUGGCAUAAUGCUGGGGAAAGAAUGUGCAGUAGUAACUGUGAAGGGGUUUGAUGACAAAAUGGAAGAAGGCAAGAUACCUGCAGGAUUUGACUCCAAGUUUUCCUGCCAAUGGACUGAGGCAACCCCAGAGGACGGGAGGGUUCACAAGGAGUCUAAAGGUGAACAAAAUGAGGAGGAGGAGAAGAGGAGGGAGAGUGGAGGAGGUGAACCAAAAGAGGAAGAGACCACAGAGCAGAAAUUGUUCAAGAUAGCCAAUGAACUCCUGCAGACAGAGAGAGCUUACGUGGCUCGUCUCCACCUUCUAGACCAGGUGUUCUGCUUACGCCUAACAGAAGAGGCAGGUCGAGGAUCAUUUCCUCCUGAGGUGAUAAGAAAUAUCUUCUCCAACACUUCCUCCAUCUACUCCUUCCACAGCCAGUUCCUGCUACCUGACCUGGAGAACUGCAUCAGCCACUGGUGUGAGAGUCCAGGCCUGGGUAAUGUUCUGCUGCCACAUGCUCCCUUCCUGAGGAUGUAUGCCGACUACGUCAGGAACUUCGACCAGGCCAUGGAGCUGGUGAGGAUGUGGACCGAGCGCUCUUCUGCCUUCAGAAACAUCAUCCAGGACAUAGAGAGUCAGGAGGUGUGUGGCAGCCUGACUCUGCAGCAUCACAUGUUGGAACCUGUCCAGAGGGUGCCUCGUUAUGAGAUGCUACUCAGGGAUUACCUGAAGAAACUGCCCAAGGAUAACCCAGACUACGAGCUGGCUCAGAGAUCCUUGCAGACAAUUUCCAUGGCUGCCACCCACUCAAACAGCGCCAUCCACAAAGCUGAGAGCCUGAAACGGCUGCUGGAGAUUUAUGAGAUGGUUGGAGAGGAGGAAGUGGUUAACCCGACCAACGAGUUUCUCAGAGAGGGGCGUCUGCUCAAGCUCGCUGCUAGGAACACAUCCGCCAUGGAGAGGCACCUCUUCCUGUUCAACAACUUUCUGCUGUGCUGCAGUCCUAAGUUCAGCCUGGUAGGGCAACGUUUUACGGUCCGGUGCAGGAUUGGAGUGGAUGGCAUGCAGGUGCAGCAGACCACCAAUGAAGACCACCUACACACCUUCCAGGUGUCUGGAAAGGAGAAGACCCUUGAGCUGCAGGCCAGCUCUGAACAAGACAGAGACGAGUGGAUAAAGGUGAUUCAAGAAGCCAUUGAUGUGUUUCAGAAGAAAAAUGAAACCUUCAAGUUGGCCUCAAAGGAGCCGAACGUGGAAGAACCAACAGAGGAACUCGGCCGACGUGCCCCUCGCUGGAUCAGAGACAACGAGGUGACCAUGUGUAUGAAAUGCCAGGAGCCUUUCAACGCGCUGACCAGGAGAAGACAUCACUGCCGAGCCUGUGGCUGCGUGGUGUGUUGGAAGUGUUCAGACAACAAAGUGGCUUUAGAGUAUGAUGGUAAUAAGCUGAACAAAGUUUGUAAAGCCUGCUACUCCAUCCUGACUGGACAGAGAGGGGAGAGGGUGGAGGGCAAGAAGACGAGAAUACUGGAGUUGGAAGCAUCUCCAGUGCCCAGUGACAAUGUAAUGAGUGGCUUCCUGCAGUAUGGUGACAACCCCAAGACCUGGCAACGCGUGUGGUCUGUUAUUACCAGGACCGAGCCUCCAGUCCUUUACCUAUACGCUGCCUCACAGGAUGUGAAGCCCCUUUCCAGUAUACCUCUACUGGGCUGCAGUGUGGAGGAUUCUCCUCAGGAGCUCCAGGGUCAGUCCUCUUUCUGUCUAAGCCAAUCAAAAACCACCCACACGUUCUCCUGCGAGGGGUUGGACCUUAAACAGCGCUGGCUGGCUGUUCUAAAAGCUGUUACAGGCAUCAUGUCAACAUGCCCACUGAAUGGCCCUGACAACAGCAUCAAUGGAUCCAGAUGUGGCAUUAAUGUCAGUGACAGAAGCAUCGGUAGUGGUAAGGAAUUAGUAGUCAACGGCAACAAGGAAAACCACACCUGAAUGUUGUCUAUUAAGCUUGAUGGAUAGUAGAUGUAUAUGCAUAGAUGUAUGUACACACAUCCAGAAACAUGAAUAAUGUAGAAGUGAAGCUCAGGAAAACAAAGCUUGUUUAUAUGCAAUAUUAAAACUGAGAACUGUGUUUUCCUUACAAGUGGCAACGCACUUUAUUUCUGAAAUGGUUUACAGUAAAAUAAAUAAAGUGAAGGUGUUUUAACAUGA